UUCGCUGCAGAGAGUGAAAGAAAGGAGUUUACCUGGGAGCGCGAAAGAAAGGAGCGCGCACGCGGUCGGAGCGCAGCGGUCCACGCGGGGCGGCUGGAAGUUUGCUCCGGGCCGGGAGUACGCGCCGCGGUGGGGCCGGGCGGGGCGAGAGGCCGCGGGACCGCGAUGGGCGCGCCGAGGCUCCGCGUGGCCGCGGCGGCGCUGGGGCUGCUGCUGUGCGCUGCGCUGGGGCGCACGGGCCUGGCCGAGGGCGGCCGCCGCGCCGGCCGAGGGGCUCCCGAACAGCCUUCGGGGGUGGUCGCUGAGCCUCUGUGCCCGGCACCCUGCCGCUGCUUCGGGGACCUGCUGGACUGCAGUCGCCAAGGCUUGGCGCACCUUCCCGAGCUGCUCCCGUCCUGGGUCACUCGAUUAGACGUAAGCCACAACAGAUUGUCUUUUAUCAAGGCAAGUUCCAUGAGCCACCUUCGAAACCUUCGAGAAGUAAAACUGAACAACAAUGAAUUAGAAGCCAUUCCAAAUCUGGGCCCAGUCUCAGAAAAUAUCACACUGCUGUCCUUAGCUGGAAACAGGAUUGUUGAAAUAGUACCGGGACAUCUGAAACAGUUUCAUUCCCUCGAAACUUUGGAUCUGAGCAGCAAUAAUAUUUCAGAGCUGAAAAGUGCAUUUCCACCCUUACAUCUCAAAUAUCUGUAUAUCAACAGCAACAGAGUCACAUGGCUGGAACCUGGGUAUUUUGACAAUUUGGCAAACACACUGCUGGUGCUGAAGUUGAACAGGAACCGUAUCUCAACUAUCCCACCCAAGAUGUUCAAACUGCCCCAGCUGCAAUACCUUGAACUGAAUCGAAAUAAGAUAAAAAAUGUGGACGGACUCACAUUUCAAGGGCUUGGUGCUCUGAAAUCUUUGAAGAUGCAGCGAAACGGAGUAACAAAACUUAUGGAUGGAGCUUUUUGGGGACUGAGCAAUAUGGAAAUCUUGCAGCUGGACCAUAACAACCUAACAGAGAUUACCAAAGGCUGGCUUUACGGCUUGCUGAUGCUCCAGGAACUUCAUCUCAGCCAAAAUGCCAUCAACAGGAUCAGCCCUGAUGCCUGGGAAUUCUGCCAGAAACUCAGUGAGCUGGACCUAGCUUUCAAUCACUUAUCGAGGUUAGAUGAUUCAAGCUUCCUGGGCUUAAGCUUGCUAAAUACACUGCACAUUGGGAACAACAGAGUCAGCUACAUUGCUGAUUGUGCCUUCCGGGGGCUUUCCAGUUUAAAGACUUUGGAUCUGAAGAACAAUGAAAUUUCCUGGACUAUAGAAGACAUGAAUGGCGCUUUCUCUGGCCUUGACAAACUGAGACAGCUGAUACUCCAAGGCAACAGGAUUCGAUCUAUCACCAAAAAAGCCUUCACUGGUCUGGAUGCAUUAGAACAUCUAGACCUGAGUGACAACGCAAUCAUGUCCUUACAAGGCAAUGCAUUUUCACAGAUGAAGAAACUUCAGCAAUUGCAUUUAAAUACAUCAAGCCUUUUGUGUGAUUGCCAACUAAAAUGGCUCCCACAGUGGGUGGUGGAAAACAAUUUUCAGAGCUUUGUGAAUGCCAGUUGUGCCCAUCCUCAAUUGCUAAAAGGAAGAAGCAUUUUUGCUGUCAGCCCAGAUGGCUUUGUGUGUGAUGAUUUUCCUAAACCACAGAUCACGGUUCAGCCAGAAACACAGUCGGCAAUAAAAGGUUCCAAUUUGAGUUUUAUCUGCUCAGCUGCCAGCAGCAGUGAUUCCCCAAUGACUUUUGCUUGGAAAAAAGACAAUGAACUACUGCAUGAUGCUGAAAUGGAAAAUUAUGCACACCUCCGGGCCCAAGGUGGCGAGGUGAUGGAGUACACCACCAUUCUUAGACUGCGCAAUGUGGAAUUUACCAGUGAGGGGAAAUAUCAGUGUGUCAUCUCCAAUCACUUUGGAUCAUCCUACUCGGUCAAAGCCAAGCUGACGGUGCAUAUGUUUCCCUCAUUCACCAAGACUCCCAUGGACCUCACCAUACGUGCCGGGACCAUGGCACGCCUGGAGUGUGCUGCCCUGGGACACCCAGCCCCUCAGAUAGCCUGGCAAAAGGACGGGGGCACAGACUUCCCUGCUGCGAGGGAGAGACGCAUGCAUGUGAUGCCUGAGGACGACGUGUUCUUUAUUGUGGAUGUGAAGAUAGAGGACAUUGGGGUCUAUAGCUGCACAGCUCAAAACAGUGCAGGAAGCAUUUCUGCAAAUGCAACUCUCACUGUCCUUGAAACACCAUCAUUUUUGCGGCCCUUAUUAGACCGGACUGUGACCAAGGGAGAAACAGCCGUGCUACAGUGCAUCGCUGGAGGUAGUCCUCCUCCCAGAUUGAACUGGACCAAGGAUGACAGCCCUUUGGUGGUCACUGAGCGACACUUUUUUGCAGCAGGCAAUCAGCUGCUCAUCAUCGUGGACUCAGAUGUCAGUGAUGCUGGGAAAUAUACUUGUGAAAUGUCUAACACCCUCGGCACAGAGAGAGGCAGCAUGAGCCUCAGUGUAAUCCCCACUCCAACCUGUGACUCCCCCCAGAUGACUGCCUCCUCAUUCAGUGAUGAUGGAUGGGCCACUGUGGGCGUCGUGAUCAUAGCAGUGGUUUGCUGUGUGGUGGGCACAUCUCUCGUGUGGGUGGUCAUCAUCUACCACACAAGGCGGAGGAAUGAGGAUUGCAGCAUUACCAACACAGAUGAGACCAACUUGCCAUCAGAUAUCCCCAGUUACUUGUCAUCUCAGGGAACACUCGCCGACAGGCAGGAUGGGUAUAUCUCAUCAGAAAGUGGGAGCCACCAUCAGUUUGUCACUUCUUCAGGAGGUGGAUUUUUCUUACCACAACAUGACAGCAAUGGGACAUGCCAUAUUGACAACAGUAGUGAAGCUGAUAUGGAAGCUGCCAUGGACCCAUUCCUUUGUCCCUUCCUGGGGUCCCCAGGUCCUGUAUAUUUGAAGGGGAAUAUAUACAGUUCAGAUCCUUUUGAAGCUUACCAUACAGGCUGCAGUUCUGACCUGAGAACAGCUUUAAUGGAGCACUAUGAGCCCAGUUAUAUAAAGCAAAAGGAGUGCUACCCAUGUCCUCAUCCCUCCGAAGAAUCCUGUGAACAGAGUGUCAGUGAUGUAAGAUGGCCUUCCCAUGUAGGGAAGUUAAUCACCUCUACUUACUCUCAGAAUGAAGGGCCGAGAACGAAAACUUUGUGUCUCAACACGUCCUCUUUAGAUUUUAGUACAAGUCCAGAGUUAACAUUAGGAACCUCAAGUAAUACAUUCAUGGGAACAUUUGGAAAGCCUCUAAGGAGAUCUCAUCAAGAUGCCUUUUCAAGCUUUGUACAGCCAUCAGAUUGUCAGCCAAGAGCCUUUUACUUGAAAGCUCAUUCUUCCCCAGAUUUGGACUCUGAAUCAGAGGAAGAUGGAAAAGAAAGGACAGAUUAUCAGCGAGAAAAUCACACAUGCACCUAUAAACAGGCCCUAAAAAACCACAGGACUCCAAAUUUUCAGUCUUAUGACUUGGACACAUAGACUGAAUGGAACCAAUGAAGUGGGCUGACAUACUACCUCAAGUGGACUUUUAUUUAAAAGAGAGAAUCCUAUGUUUUUUAAAUGCAGUUGUGAGUUUUAAAAGGGCAAAAUGUGUUAUUUAUACAGAUGGACCAAAAUUACGAAAAGUUAUUAAAAAUUUAUACUGGGAGUAACUUUCAUAUAAGAUUACCUUUUAAAAGUAUUUUAUAGCUUUGUUUAAAAAAAUCUUAUGUAAGUUAAUGGUAUAAAUCCAUGCCUAUUUUAUGUAUUUUUAUAAUGCCAGAUUUCUUUAUAUUGAAAAUGAAUACUAAAGCAUUUUAAAUAAUACCUGUCUUGUACCUUGUUUAAAUAGAGGUCACUUGAUUUUACUUUGCACAUUACAUUUAAUAAAAUGGGUAAUUCUGA